AGUUCUAACACAACUCAUAACUUGGUACAAAUUAAUCCGAAUCAAGUUUAAUUAAUUUAAAUUCAAAAUCAAUUUUAGUUCCAUGGCUAAUAAGAACAAAUAAUUUUGAAAUAUUGAUUUUAUUUUAUGCAUAAACGAACAUUGUUUACCUCGCAAUUACAGCACAAUGGAUAAUUCUACUUCUGCGAUGUUAAUGGAUCCUGUAACCGAUCAUUUGUAUCCAGCUUUAUUUCAGUGUUUCACUAUCAUUGUGUGUGGAUAUCUCGCUGGAAGACUAAAUGUCGUAUCAAAAUCGGAGUCAAAGGGUAUUGCUACAUUUGUAGGCACAUUUGCUUUGCCUUCUUUAAUAUUUUUAUCCCUUGCUCGUUUGGACUUUAGUACAGUGAAUUGGAAGUUUCUCAUAGCAAUUUUGCUAGCAAAGGGGCUAGUAUUUUUUGGGGUCAUUAUAGUGUGCAUACUUGUAUCUAAACCAGUGAAUUUGGCACGAGCGGGAAUAUUUGCUAUUUUUUGUACACAGAGUAAUGAUUUUGCUUUGGGAUAUCCAAUCAUUAAUGCAAUUUAUGAGAAAACACAUCCUGAAUAUGCUCUUUAUUUGUAUUUGAUGGCUCCAAUUUCUCUGGCUAUAUUGAAUCCUAUAGCUUUUGUGUUAAUGGAAAUAAAUAAACAAAAAGAAAUAGAGAGGUCAGCAUCAGACUCCAGUCAGAGGAAAAAUAUAAGUAAAUGGAAAAUGCUUUACCAAAUAUUUCGAGGUGUUAUAUUAAAUCCAGUGUUGAUAAUGACUAUUCUGGGUAUAAUUGGAAACAUAGUAUUUAAACAUAAACUUUCCAUCUAUGUUGAAGGUUUAUUGGAUGUAUUUGGGCAAUCCUUCUCAGCAUCUGCUCUAUUUCUCUUGGGUCUUCGGAUGGUUGGUCAAAUCACACGGUUAAGAGGAUCUGCACUUGUCUUGCCCUGCGUGCUAAUUAUGGUUAAAUUGAUAGUACUUCCAGUGGUAAUGCGUGAAUGUGUUAGUGGAUUAGAUGCAGGUGUUAAUGUGACUGACACACAGUCUCUCUCGACUUAUGCAUUUUUGUAUGGAACAAUACCAACUGCACCAGCUGUUUUUGUCUUCUCUAACUUAUAUCAACUGGAAAUUGAUUUGGUAGCGUCAUCUAUGGUGAUAUGUACGUUUUUAUCCGCCCCAAUGACUUUCCUGUCUGCUGAAGUUAUAACCAUGAACAAUGAUUAUGCAGAUAAAAUAAUAGCGUUCCGAUUUGAUAUAUCCAUAGUAGCUUUGAUAGCUGCUCUUUGGGUGCUUAUUGUCUUUUCUGUAACAUGGAAAUACAAAAGGAUGCCGCAUCGACUGACACUUUGCUUGAAUUUAACACAGAUAUUAUUGGCUAUAAGUAUAAUUUGGGGCGGGGCCGAGAAAACAUUUACACCCACCUGGAGUACGAUAACUCAGCAAUCGUUGCAGAUGUUUAGUGUUUAUUCCUGCCUCCUUUGGACAUCUAUGCUCUCUGUGGGACUGUUUAUGUUGGAGAGCCGUGGUCCAUGUUUCGUGGUCACCCUUUGGCCCGUACUGGCGUUCGUGGCGUGGGGCGCUCCCGCAGUCAUGGUAGCAGCUCUGCUGAUCACCAAGCAGGCUGGGACUAGCAUCAAUGCUGAUGCAUGUGACGCUAUUCGGCUGAGCGUCCUCUUCUUUUGCAUUACGGUGUCAACAGGCUGUUUAAUCUUGUACGUGAGGUUCCGACGCCGCAGCGCUCAGUUCUCGAGUCUCACUGAUUCCCCUAUCACCUCGCCGCCGGAUGAAUCCACCAGCUUGGUGGAAAACGCUGAACCGACAUCCCAUACGCAAUCCAUAUCCAAUAAUAGCACAGACGAACAAGGGUGUUACGGUACUAUAACGGCAACUCCAUCUCCAAACAAAAAUUUGGCAUGUUGCAAUAAUGACCCGAACUGUGAAAAUGGGAAUAUAAAUGAGGGACAGGAUAUUGAAGAUAUCGGUAAUAAUAGCAAGGAAUGUGCGUGCCCGGCAUCUCAAAAGGGUCGUUGUACCACCUCAGAAACCUGUCAAUACUUGAACGCCUUGGAUCAGGCUGCCAGCGCCUUAGGUCUUGUGCCACCAGAACAGUCAAGAGGAAGAGGUGGACAGUUAUUGAAACACACUGUUUUAAUCAUCGCUUAUAACCUCACUAUGUUUAUUGGCGUAACAUUUACAACAUGGCGAGUACUGCGUAAGGACCAGGCGGGAGUUUUCAUAGAGAUACAGUUUCUGGACACGGCAGCUGUAUAUGGGCAAGCCCUUGUUAUGUUUGCCCUCUUUGGCCUUGACCCAGAAGAAAUAUUUGUACCAGCUGUUCGGUACUUCAAGAAGAUGUGGCACGGGGCAGACACUGUGAUACUGCCCUCAAUAGAGGAAUUAAGUUUUGAAACUAAACAUGUGUGCGAUCAGUUUAUUACGCAUCACCUUGAACGCUGUAAGGAAGCCAUCGCUAAGGAUACACGAUGGCGCAUGCGCACCUACCAUGGAGUAUUUCGUGGGUCAUGCUUAGUUCGUUGGUUAGUCUCCACCGGACUGGCAGCCGAUGAACACGCCGCUAUUGUUUACGGAAGACAUUUACUAGAUGGCAGACUUAUAUCACAUAUUAAUAAGGCGCAUCAUUUCACAAAUUCACCAUUGCUCUAUACAUUUGCAUAGACUAUAAUCGCUUAGUAAUUUGAUCUACCAACUUGUAUACGGACAUAACUUCUUCAAAAAUGGAAAUAAUUUCAUUGAUUACUUCUAGACCUUUUAGUAUCGCGAAUAUGAUAUUGAGAAAAAAAUGUUCGAGAGAACAACUAUUAAUUUCGUAAAGUUGGUAAUUCUAAAUUAAGCUUAUGACCAAACCAUAUAAAGAAAAUUGAAAAGAAUAAUUGUAUUCUUAACGUAAUUUAUGUAUAUUUGCUUGAAAUAUCUUAUUUUUCUAUUAAUAUUUAAAACGUAUUUUGCUCAAAAACAUUUUAUUAAUCGUAUGUAUUUCAGAAUAAUGUUUCUUGAUUUUACUUAAGAAUAUUUGCCUAAAAUGUGACUCAUUUUUAACUUCUACUUAAUUUUCUUGCAUCUUGCACCUAGUCUCAGGUUGUUUGGGUUUGACGAGAUGGUAAAUUAACCCGUUCUUAUUACGCAACCGAAAUAUUUUCAGGACUAGUGUCUCACGUCUAUAUAUAUUAGGUGUGACAAUAUAAUAUUCUCAGCACAACAAAAACAUUAUUUAAAAAUUAAAUAUUUCAAGUCAAAACUGUUUACGACGACAUCGUUUAGAACAACAUACCGGUUAUAUUGACAAAAAUCAAAUGUCCCGGCUGAAUUCUUGUAUAAGGUACUACAACAACCUCAUCGUCUGUUUCAACUAUCAGAUUUUACGACCAAAUAUGAGUAGUCCCUUCGAUGUCGUUAUAACAGAUUUUGACUGAAUAACAUGUUUUUUCAUUAAGCUGAAUCUUCUUGACUGAUUGUUUUAUAUUUAUUGUACAAGUUUGCUGUGUUAAAGACGGGUGAUCGAGCAUUUAGAUACACCAUUAUGUACUUACAUUAUGAUGAUUUUUGUGUAGUAUUUAUUUUGUUUAAGUCCUUAGUAGAGAUGGGUAAAUACCGCGAUGCGUAUUUCCGCCUAAUUACCGAGCCCUUGUUGCAAAUUCGUUUUUCAAAUGUCUAAAUAUUCGAACGUUUUUAAAAUAUGAUAUAGUCAUUUUACAUGUACACUUCAGCAAAUCUCAGUCAAUUGUCAAAAGGGAUACUGCAGUAAAGUUUAAAUUUUCUCAAAAUAAUUCCCCAUGUUACCCAACUCUACUCAUAGUGCUCUCUAUUUAUAGUGAAUCAUAUUCCAUAAUAGAUUUAAGUUUAACUGUCGGUUUUGUAAAAUGUGGCAUUGCACCGAUAAUAGUAGAAACUUCUGUUUUAACCGGUGUGAACUAAGCUACACUUGAAUGGAUAAGUGGUCCCAGGUAAUUCGGACGCAUUGCUACAUUCAGAAUGAGUUGCUAUUUCUCAAUUAGAAGAUUUUUGACUAUGUUUCUAUUGUGCUUUUGUAUGUGAUUUACAAUAUUAAUUAUCAUAGAUUGAACAAAGUCACAAAGAUUGGUUGUAGUAUUAAGAACAAAUUUAGUUGCAUUAGUUACAUGCCUUGGGUGCUGUGAAUGUUUACUUUGAGAUAUUUUAUGAAAGUAAAGCCUGUACCCUAAAGUUGAAAUAAAUUAAUUCCCAACCAAUAAAGUAAAAAUCCUCGCCAUACAUAUAUAACGCCAUAUAACUAAUUUAGUCAAAUGAAAACUAUCUUUAACUCAUAUUUAAUUACAUAUUUUAAAAAUAUAAACAAUAUGCUUCCCUAAAUUAAAAUUAUUUAGUAUAAUAUAUGCAUGUAUGUAGGUGUUUUUAAUGUGUAUUUAUAUACUUGCUUUUAAUUUAAUCAUACUUAAUUAAGGACCCCUGAGAAGGCAUUUUAUUUUAUUGGUUGGGCUAAUUAUUGUUUUUUUUAAACAUUAGGAUAUUAUUUUUGAAUGAUGGUAUAUUUUUAUAUUAGUUACUCUUAUUGAUGAAAUCAAUCUCAUUGAUAACUUUUUUGUAUUCACUUUUAAUUUAUUUUGCACUUGUGGUAUUUUAAAAUAUAUAUAAGAAUAUCACUUUUUUUUCUAAUAAUAUCCGUUUGCUUGAGAAAGCAUUUGGUAAAUAUAAUUAUAAUAUUUUAAGAAUGAUGAUACUUAUAGGAAUGUUGCAUCAAUUGUGAUAAAAAUAUGGCUGUUAUAUUUUGCUUGUUAUCAUAUACCAUUGAAAUUAUAGCCUUUGGUAAUAAUUGGUACUGGAAAAAAUAUAAUCUUUGUUGUCUAUUUAUCAAAGUAUACAAAUUAUAAUGUGUUGUAGCAAGUUGAA